AUGAUGCUGCUGACGUCUCCAUCUCUGCACCAGUUUUAUUUAGCGUCUCUUGCAACUCGCGGCGCGUCGCGCGGCGCGUCAUUCGCAGGGAGAUUCACUUCAUCGAGAUAUCGACUCAGAUUCGCAACGGCGCGGAACAGAUAUCCCGCUCAAGCUACAAUUGGCCGUGUUCCUUUCGCGUCGGAAUCUGCAACUACAGGGAUGGUGGAAGCAGGAAAAUCGGCAGCAGGAAGAGGGAGGGUGGAACCAGGGAGAGCAGCAGCAGGGAGUCCCGCGGUAGUCGCGUCUUCAACCUCUGGAGAGGCUCCCGUUGAGCCUCCGCCGUUCGCGGUGGUGCACAAUGGCCGACUGUUAACGAAUCACGUCACGAGGGGAGAUAAUACCGCGGAUGGAUGUACGCGGUGGCCCUCGGGACCUCGAGCGUUUCUAGAAACCAUGCCCAAAGGUGCCUACACUACCACUCGCACGUUUGGCAACGGCUCCCACCUUCUCUUGUGGGACUUUCACCUCGAUAGAGUCACUCGGUCGCUGCGUCUGCUCGCCAAAGCUCACCCGGACCUGUUCCCGAACCUGCCACCGAACCUGCUGUCAACCCGUCACCAGGAGCAGGAAGAAGAGGAAUCUCUAGAGGAGUUUCAGAAAAAGGCGGAUCAAAUAAGAGAUUUAGUUCUUGAUUUGCGCAAGGAUAUUAGAGCGUCCGUGUUUGCAGCUGUGCAAGAAAUGGUGGGGUGUGAUUGGUGGAGGAGGAACGUGCAGGGAGAGCAGAAUGGGGAGAUCUGUCUGAUGAUUCUUCUCUGUGGUCAGGAAGCAUUAUUGGGUGAAGGUCCUACAGACUCUACAGCUUCAAUGGGGGAAGAGACAGCAGAAGAAUCUGCAGCGCAUGCACGACGCGUUGAGGUGUAUGUGCAUGCCAGCACGGUCCACCCUUCGAACCCAUUUUCAUCCCACUCCCUGCCGCCACCCGUCUGUGCCGCUGUCAUGGGGCCUGGCCGUCACACUCCACUCGCGAAAUUCUCCUCAUGGCCCCUCGUCCGCCGAGCCCUGGAGGCAGCUAGGCCAGCAGAGGCAAGGGAUGUGAUUCUAUCGAAUGACGGUAAUGCUCUUCUUGAAGGCAUCACCUCGAACCUCUUUCUCGUGGCUCGGACCGAGCCUGCCUGUGAGAGCAACUCAAGCCGUGGUUCUCCUUGGCAUGGAUUCGAGCUGCAGACAGCAUCACUUGAGAGUGGGAUCCUUCCAGGAAGCAUCCGCCAAGCCAUCAUUGACACGUGCAACGAAAGGGGCAUUCCUUUACAAAUGAAGACCCCGCAGUGGAGCGAGCGUGCCUUGUGGGUGGAGGCCUUUGUAACAAACGCCCUGAGUAUCGUCCAGCCUGUCGGCAGCAUUCUCAUGCCUGCCACGUGGCCUUCUGAGAUCACGUAUGACAGCUGGCAGUCUGUGGACAAGUGGCUGACAUGGCAGGCUCCUGCAAUCGAGGAUGCUGUAGAUUCCCAUUCAGCGAUCCUCUUGGGACAUGUUGUUGAUUACAUGAUUUCUAGAAGUGCAAAAGCUGAUGCGUUGUUAACAAGUGAUGAUCCCUCUGUCACAAUCCCCCGAUCUUCCUAUUUCCCUGUUUGGCAAAUUUUCUCGCUUAUCUUCCAAAACCCCCCACCUCUCCCCCCAAACCCCGUGCAGCACCCCAAGGAGAAGUACCACCCGCUGGGCUCGGCGCGCAUUGCCCUGCUGGGGCUGCAGCGCGUGCGCGUGGUGGUGGUGCCGCUGGGGCGCGGGCGGCCGGGCCUGCAGCCCAAGGACCCCUGCUCCCGCCGCUCCCUCAUGGGGCGCUCGGGGCGGGGGCGGUGGCGCAAGGGCGCGGGGAAAACGCAGGGGCAAGGGGGGAAGCAGGGGGAGGGGCCGGGGGAUGAGCAAAGGAAGGGGCAAGGGAAUGGGCAAGAGCAUGGGCACGGGGUGGAUCAAGGGGAUGUGGUAGCAAGCACGGGCAGAGAUGGAAGACUUGUGGUUGUCACUGCGGUUGGUGAAAAGGGUGUGGAGAGUGGGGGUGAAUUGGGUGAGGGUGAAGGAAGUGAGGGUGAGGUGAUAGAGGGUGAGAAAUGUGAGGAGAAUGGAGUCGAACGAGAAGGAAGCAAGGUUGGAGAAACAAGGGAGGCAGUUUUGGAUGAGAAGCAGGGUGGAGAAAAAGCAAAUGGGGCCACAACAGGUGAUUCAAGCUCUUAUCUUAGCUUUGACCUCCUGCCGUUUGCUGCUGCUGAUGGGGCUGAUAGUGACGAUGGUGCCGGUGUCUUUGGUGGUGACUAUGAUGCUGAGGGCAGCAGUGAAGACCGUGGGGGUGGUGUGUGUUCUCAGGACAAUACUGAGUUUGGGAUAAAUGAGCUUGCCAGCACUGCUUGUGGUGACGAUUUCUCUGCCACCUACCUUGUCCGCACUAUCACCCCUCUGAUUCCUUGGCAGUUCGGUUGCAUGUCCACGAUUGAAGCUGUGGUGUAUGCUCUACAGAUUCUUGAACCAGAUAAUCGUGUAAAGCUGGAUCAGUUGUUGGAAGUCUUCAAUUCCAUGGUCAUAGAUCAGGUUGAGGGAAUGCGACGAAAUGGGAAAUCUUCGCUUAUUCCUGAUGAUUGGAUUGCGCCAGGAAAAAUAACAACCAUUGUGUAA